GCUGCUGCUGUCUGGGGCUCGGUGCCUCUCUCACAGAGGUUCUGCAGAAUAAUGGAGGCACAGCUUGCAGCAGGUCUCAGUGUUUUCAGCCCAGCUCACAUCAGGCUGGAGCUCCUGUAAGCCGACGAGGAUCUGUGGUUCACUGUAAAGUUUCCUGUCAGUUAUUUUUUUUUCUCUCUUUUUUCUUAAAUUCCCAGCACAAGGACUUCUUUCAUAUAUUUUUCUGCGUCACGUCUUUUUUUUUCUUUUUUUCUUUUCCCUUUUUCGUCGUCUUGACUUUUUCCGUGUUUUGAUGUUUGUAUGAGGGGGAUUAACAGGCCCACCUUGGUUUUUCCAACAUAAAUCAACAGCUUUUCCUACGUUUUUACUGCAGGCUGCGCUCUGUUUACCUAUAACAGGGAAUGGGAGGAUCUCACUGAGUAUAUAUAUAUAUAUUUUUUUUUUAAAGCUGUAACUUGAUUUCCUGGAAGCGGGUAUGGGCCGUGUUUUUGCUCCACAGAUGGGUCUUUCGGAGGUGAAGUCAGAGGAACCAUGCUGCUGCAGAUGAAGUGAGCGGCUCAGGUUUAUUUGUGAGGAGGAUUUGCGACAUGGGCUGAGCUCCUGUGAGGACUCUUUUUUUCUCUCUCUCCUGCAAGCUGUUGAAUUAUCCGAGGAUGGACGACGGGAAACAGAGACGGAUAGAACUCCAGCCUAUCGGUCAGACUGUUAUGUAAUAUCUUCACCUUUUUGACGCUGAAAGCGCGCACCGGCACGGCACGGCACGGCACGGCACGGCACGGCACAACAACGGAGCCUUUGAGCGCACCGGAUUGGAAUUAAGGCGUGAGCCAAUUUUCCAAUCACUAAAAUUUGAGUUUUUUUGAGUGGAGUUUGGCGUGUAGUCACAGAUUGUCAAAUAUUGCUCUUUUUUUCCCUAUAAAUAGAAAAGAUAAAGAUUUAAUAAGUUACAUUUAGACUGUUCAGACUAAAUGACAGCGCGUCUCAGUGUGUCUGGUGCAGGCGCAUGUAUGAACAAUGUUACAUAAUUGCUUUAGAAGGAUAAAAGUAAAGUCAGCAGAUGUGGUUUUCCUUUUCCACAGAAAGUGGUUUGACCAAAAUAGCCUGUUAGAACUGGAUAUUGGGAUUUCUUGGCUCUUUUAUUAUUUUUAAGCAGGUUUUGGAGACAGCUGAACCGUCAGAUUUUACAGUUUUACGCACGCACUUCUUCAUGCGUGUUUCUGAGCCUCUGCUUUAGUUCCAGUCCACCUCAGUGAUCUCACAGUCUCAGCUGAUUUUUUUGGGGGGGAGUAUCUCUGUUGUCGGACGAUGUGGCUCCCCCGCCUGGCGCUUCUGCUGCUGCUGCUCCGGUCCUCCGGUGUGCUGCUGGUGGAGGGCAUCAACACGUGUCAGUCCAUCAACCUGGACCGGCAGAAGUCCCGGCGCAUCGAGGCGGUCCGCGGCCAGAUCCUCAGCAAGCUCCGCAUCCGCAGCCCGCCGGACGAGGACGACGACCCGCCGGCCGGUUCGGUGCCGCCGGAGGUCAUGCUGCUCUACAACAGCACGCGGGAGCUGCUGAAGGAGCGCGCGCGUCUCGCCGAGUCCGCGUGCGAGCGCGAGAGCAGCGAGGAGGAUUAUUACGCCAAAGAGGUUCAGAGGAUCGACAUGCUGCCGCCCCGCACACACACCAAUGCGGUUCAGCCGGCCGCCCCUGACCCGCACUACAGAGUCGUCCACUUUGACGUCAGCGGAGUGGACCUGACCAACAGCACGCUGGUCAAGGCUGAGUUCAGGAUCUUCAGAGCUCCCAACCCGCUGGCCCGGGCCUCGGAGCAGAGAGUGGAGAUCUAUCAGCUGCUGAAGCCAGAUGAAGAGAGCACCUCCACCCAACGCUACAUCGACUCCCGCACCGUGCAGCCGAAGGCGAAGGGAGCCUGGAUCUCCGUGGAGGUCACCGAAACCAUUAAGGACUGGGUGUCCGAUCCAGAGAAUAACCUCGGCCUGAAGCUGGGCGUCCACUGUCCCUGCUGCACCUUCGUCCCGUCCACCAACAACAUUGUUCCCAACAAGAGCGAGGAGCUGGAGGCGCUUUUUGCAGGUGUGGAUGACGAGAAGCUUCGUCAGAUAAGAAAGCCCGGGCAGGUCAAAGGUCAGGCCGAUUUCAGCACCAAGACGCCACACCUCAUCCUCACCGUGCUGCCCAGCGACAGAGUCGACAACCCGGCGAAGAAGAACCGCAAGAAGAGGGCGGCCGCCACAGACACCACAACCUGCUCCCGUGGCUCAGACCAGGGCUGCUGCCUGCGCUCGCUCUACAUCGACUUCAGGAGGGACCUCAACUGGAAAUGGAUCCACGAGCCCAAAGGUUACAAAGCCAACUUCUGCGCCGGUAGCUGUCCGUACCUCUGGAGUGCCAACAACCACUAUAACAUGAUCCUGCCGCUGUACAAUAAGCUGAACCCCGAGGCCUCCGCCACGCCCUGCUGCGUUCCUCAGGACCUGGAGCCCCUCACCAUCAUGUACUUCAUAGGCCGCACGCCUCGCGUCGAGCAGCUCUCCAACAUGGUCGUCAAAUCCUGCAAGUGCCGCUGAGCUCAGAGGAAGAGGUGAGCGAAGCAGAGAGGAGGAGGAGGACGAUCACAGGACCAAAAACUACAGGCGGGAAAAUAAAGACGAGAGGACAUUAAUCUUCUGUUUGGUCACCUUUAGCAGACUCUUGACCUGUCAUGUUUUUACACGUAUCAGGAUUUUUGCUCCCAUUCUUUACAGGCAUGAUCAUUUCUCUUCAUUCUCUGGAGCUUUCUGUGUGAUAUAGGACAGUGUAAAUAUGACACCAUAGCUGUAUUAAACCUGUACCUGGAUAUUAAAGGGGGUGUUGUGUGGCCGCAUUUC